CUCACCAGCUCAGCAUGCGUGGGCCAGUGUGGCUAUAGCGUUAGCGCUACGUCCCUAGCCAAAGGCUUUAUAGGUGGAAAUAUAGAAAUCACAGUGGUUGCGAACAUGACCGCCAAGAACAAACUGUCGCAGGAUGACUCGGGUUGCCCCAAAUUCAGCGUUGGCGACUGCCAGAUUUCUCUCGUUAGUGUUAAAACCAAUCUCCCCAGCAGCAUGCUGCCCAAAAUUGUGAAUAAGUUCCUGGAUACCACCCUUCAAAAAGUCCUGCCAGCCAUGAGACUUGCUUACACACACGUUUGCAGCUGUUUAACUGGAGGUGUGUUGUGGACCGAUGAGAGCAUGUCUACACUGCCAGCUGGAGUUGAGAUUGCAGCUCGGGUGGACAUACCCUUGCUAGCACAGCUGCAAGCAGCAGUGUAGAUGCACUGGUGCAACUCUCCAAUGCUCCAGGGACCCUGGCUGUGCCCAGCAGUGGAUGCUGUGCUUACCCUUGUGAACCAAAAGUUCACCACCCUGGUUUCCCUGAGCUCAGUCGGCGCCGCUGGAAGCAUCCGCUAUGCUUUGCUGAGCCCACCGGUGACGAGUGAAGAUUUCAUAGAACUGGAUUUAAAUACCACGGUCCUGCAAGAGGGCGGAGACCUCAUUGACCUUCCCGCUGACCCCCCAGCUCUUACGUCCCUGCCGCCGAAAAGGGAUUCCGCUACCCAGCUGGCCCUGUCAGUGAAUUUCCUGAGCGCCGAGCUCACUCUCAUACAAACAUCCCUCAACCUUGAUGUCACGGAGACCAUAAUUCUUGGGCUUCCUCCAUUAACAACGACAACACUUGGCGCCUUGAUCCCCAUGCUCUCUGAGUCGUUGCCUCCGUCUCAGCCGAUGGUUAUUGAAAUCCGAAUAACUAAACCGCCCGUGGUCACCAUGCGGCAGGACAAAGGCCUCGUGCAUCUCUUCGGCACCGCGGAGUUCCUCACUUCGCAGCCCAGCGCUGCUCGGGAAUCCCUCUUUGUCCUGGACAUUCAUAUCAAUUUGGAUACCCAAUUCUCUAUUCACGAAGAGAAGCUGCGGAUCUCCUUAGGUCUGGACAGCUUGUAUGAAAUGGCCUUGGCGGCUUCGUCCAUUGGCACGUUCGCUGAGUUGCUGGUGAAGGGGUUUUUGGUGAAUAUUAUUGAAGCUGCGUAUGUGCCAGCAAUCAAUGGGGCACUGCAAGAAGGGAUCCCUCUGCCUCACCUGCUAGGCAUGAAAUAUGCAAAUGCUGAUAUUAGCAUGUCUGAGAAGGUCUUACCGGCUGUGUCUGCUGCAGAGUCCAGGACUGUGAGGAACUAA